AUGGACGCAAAUGAUCCCCUCAAACAGCCACUGAUUUCUCAGGGGGGCGACAUGGGUCACGGAGAUUCAGCGUUGGCCGUCAUCGGCGAUAGGCGCAUUCAGGUCACUGAGGAGGAUAUCCUCGACAAAACAGUUUUAGGCUAUGGAGCAAUCUUCGGACUUAUCAAAGAUACACACCUGACCGGAAACCAAUAUUCCCUAAUUGGCUCUAUUGGGCCCAUAGCUCAGCUAGCAUGGCAACCAUUUUCGAUGAUACUUAUCGUUAAAGUACCACACCGUAUCCUCAUGCCAGUUCUAAUCCUAGGGUGGGGAUUGGCUCAAACUGCGAUGGGUGCCUGCCAAAAUUAUGGUGGCUUGCUUGCUACGCGAUUCUUCUUGGGUUUAUUCGAAGCUGGUUGUCUACCCCUCUUCAGUGUUAUUACUAGUCAAUGGUAUCGCAGAGCUGAACAACCUAUUCGAGUUGCAGCUUGGUACGGCACAAACGGCGCUGCUACCAUUGUCGCGUCAGCCUUGUCAUACGGACUAGGCCAUAUACAAUCACCACAUAUUCAGUCAUGGCGAAUAAUAUUCAUUUUUGUCGGCCUAGUAACCAUCAUCUCUGCGCCAUUUGUUUACUGGAAACUGGAUAAUGACAUCCCAUCCGCUCGUUUCCUAACAGAGCACGAACGUGAACAGGCCAUCGAACGGCUACGUGCAAACCAGACUGGGACAAGGGCAACAGAAUUUAAGUGGUCACAGGUCCUUGAAGCCUUGAUGGAGCCCAAAACGUACCUCUGGAUUGCAAUGAGCCUCCUCCUCAAUAUUGGUGCAUCAGUAACGAAUAUAUUUGGGCCACUUAUCCUUAAAGGCUUUGGGUUCGACAAAUAUCGAACGUCACUACUAAACAUGCCAUUCGGAGCUGUCCAGGUUGUCGUUAUCCUCCUGGCGUCUUACUGUGCUCAAAGGUUCCGGAGCAAAUCCAUAAUUUUGAUCCUCUUGAUACUACCAGUCAUUACGGGAUUGGCAAUGCUACACUCCCUCCCAUUAGAAGGCUGGCAUGCUGUACUAGUAUUUGCUUACUAUCUACUUGCCUGUAUAUUCGGUGGAAACCCACUCAUCGUCACCUGGAUUGUUGGCAAUACCGGGGGAACGACCAAACAAUCAAUCAUAACGUCACUUUACAAUGCUGGUUCCUCGGCUGGCAACAUCAUCGGUCCGCUCCUCUUUGUUAAAGAAGAUGCCCCUCGCUACGUAAAUGGAUUACGCUCGGUCCUGGGAUCCUUUGUUGCCCUCGCUGCUGUUAUUGUAGCUCAGGUGAUGAAUCUAGUUAUUCUAAACAAGCUACAUCAACGGUCACGAGCUGCGGAGGGGAAAAAGGCGGUUAUUAAGGACGUAUCAAUGAACGACCAAUAUGCCGAUUUUGAUGACGCAGAAGAUGAUCUUGAAUUUAUAGAACCGCAAGAUGCUAGCUACCACCACCGUGACGAAGGGAAUCUUGACUUUCCAGAAAGACCCGGGGAAAUUAGACGGAGACGAUUGGGCGCCAAUGCCUUUCUUGAUCUGACGGACAAAAAGAAUAACGAGUUUAUAUAUAUCUAUUGA